GGUAGCCCAAUCUUCUCAGUUCAUUUCACCAUAGCCUUGGGAAAAUGGCUAUUUUCCAAGCCAAACCCUUCAUCUUAGUUGUAUUUCUUAGCUCAUUUUCAGUUCUUGGCCAUGAAAACGGUGGCGCUGAGAGUUGGGCACUGGCACCUCACUCUCUCACCGGUUUACUCUCGCCGGCUCCGGCCCCACACAAGGGCGGCCACCACCACCACCACCACCUCCACACCCCUCCGGCCACCCUUCCGCCGCCUCCCGCCCACUCCCCACCAGCUGCCACCCCUCCCACUACUCCACCACCCAAACCCCACCACCACCAUUCCUCACCGCCGCCGCACGUAAAACCUCCGGCCGCCCCCAUUCCCCCGNCUGUCAAGCCCCCCACCGCAUCCCCGCCGCUUCAACGGAAAGCCAUAGCCGUCCGUGGCCUCGUUUACUGCAAAUCUUGCCAGUAUAGAGGCGUCGAUAACCUCAACAAAGCCACUCCUCUUGAGGGAGCUGUGGUAAAGUUAGCAUGCAACAACACAAAGUAUCAUCUAGUAGAGAAAGCCAAGACAGACAAGAAUGGGUUCUUCUUGAUAAUGCCCAAGACGGUCACCUCAGCUGGAUUCCAUAAAUGCAAGGUGUUUUUGGUGGCAUCUCCCAAGCCGGAGUGCAGUGUGUUCACAAAUUACAAAUUUGGGCAAGCCGGAGCCCCGUUGAUACCCACCGCACCACCGCCGGAGCUCAAAUCGCCGCCGUACGUGCUCUUCACCGUCGGUCCAUUCGCCUUUGAGCCGUCCAAGAAGACUCCCUGCCCUCAUUGAACAUCAUUUCUGCCCGGCCUGCUGCUUUUUAAUAUCUUUUGAUAAAAAAAAAACUUCAUUAUUGUGUUUAUUGUGGAUUGUGGAUUGUCUCAUAGCAUUUAAAUUAUUGUUAUGAUGGUGCAGUAGCUUAUGGUCUGGUUUCUCUCUAGUCUCUUUAAUUAAUAAAAAUAAUUUUAAAAAUGUUA